UUGUUAUGUCAGUCUUACCUACACCAUCAUCACCAUCAUAUAAGUCUGAGGAUAAUGAAAUAGUAUUCUUGUACAGAACUGAGGCUAUACAGCCAACAUCCACUUUAGAGUCAGAACCUGGUACUACAAAUAAUGGAUUGUUUAAUGAGGUGUUUGUCAAAUGUAAAAUUUGUAAUAAAUUGCUAAAAUAUGCGGAUGAUGCUUCAACCUCAAAUCUUAGGAAACACCUUAAGCUUCGUACUCAUAUAAAUAAAGUGUUGGAAUUGGAUAAUAAUAAUAAGAAGUGA